CCCAACUAACCUCCUCUUGUUACAAACCAAAACCCGCCGUCACCACCAAAACCCUCCUCCUCCUCAGACCUCACCAACAAUGUCGCAAUCGUUGGAGCUUCUGCUAAUCCAAUUCCUCAUGCCGGACAACGACGCACGCCGCCAAGCAGAAGACCAAAUCAAGCGCCUCGCCAAGGAUCCACAGGUGGUUCCGGCACUCAUCCACCACUUACGCACUGCUAAAACGCCUAACGUCCGCCAACUCGCCGCCGUCCUCCUCCGCAAGAAGAUCACCGGUCACUGGGCCAAAUUGCCGCCGCAGCUCCGCCAGCUUGUUAAACAGUCUCUUAUUGAAAGCAUCACUAUGGAGCACAGUCCACCCGUGAGACGAGCUAGCGCAAAUGUGGUGAGUAUUAUUGCAAAGUACGCGGUUCCUGGUGGAGAAUGGCCAGAUUUACUGCCGUUUUUGUUCCAGUGCAGUCAGAGUCCACAAGAAGACCAUAGAGAGGUGGCAUUGAUAUUGUUCAGCUCCUUAACCGAGACAAUUGGGGAUUCGUUUCGACCAUAUUUUGCUGAUUUACAAGCUCUUCUACUCAAGUGUCUACAAGAUGAGACUAGCAAUAAUGUUAGAGUUGCUGCUCUCAAGGCGGUUGGCUCUUUUAUUGAGUUUACUCAUGAUGCCGCUGAAGUGAUUAAAUUUCGGGAAUUUAUUCCUAGCAUCCUAAAUGUUUCAAGACAAUGCAUUGCCUCCGGUGAUGAAGACGUCGCAAUAAUAGCUUUUGAAAUAUUUGACGAGUUGAUCGAGUCUCCAGCACCACUUCUUGGAGAUUCCGUCAAAGCCAUUGUCCAGUUCUCUCUCGAGGUUUGCUCAAGUCCAAAUUUGGAUUCAAGCACACGUCAUCAGGCUAUUCAAAUCAUUUCAUGGCUCGCAAAGUACAAAUCUAGUUCCCUUAAGAAGCAUUCACUGAUCAUCCCGAUCCUUCAAGUUUUAUGCCCGCUGCUAACAGAGUCAGCCAAUCGGGAAGAAGGCGAUGAUGAUCUGGCACCCGAUCGCGCUGCUGCAGAGGUUCUCGAUACCAUGUCGUUAAAGUUGCCAAAACAUGUGUUUCCGCCUGUUUUUGAGUUUGCUUCUUUGAGCAGUCAAAGUGUUGACCCUAAGUUUCGAGAAGCUUCAGUCACGGUUUUGGGUGUUGUUUCAGAGGGUUGUUUGGAGUUAAUGAAAGAGAAGCUUGGGCCUGUUCUUCAUAUAGUUUUAGGGGGCUUAAGAGAUCCUGAACAGGUUGUAAGAGGAGCUUCUUCUUUUGCAUUAGGUCAAUUUGCUGAGUAUCUGCAACCCGAGAUUAUUUCCCAUUAUGAAAGUGUUCUUCCCUGUAUAUUAAAUGCCAUAGAAGAUUCAUCUGAUGAUGUCAAGGAGAAGUCAUACUAUGCAUUGGCAGCAUUUUGUGAGAACAUGGGUGAAGAAAUUCUCCCUUUUCUUGAUUCUUUGAUGGGAAAACUUUUUGCCGCUCUGCAAACAAGCAAGCGUAUGUUGCAGGAAACAUGCAUGUCUGCAAUCGGUUCAGUUGCAUCUGCUGCGGAGCAAGCAUUUCUUCCAUAUGCUGAAUGUGUUUUGGAAUUGAUGAAAAAUUUCAUGGUGCUGACAAGCGAUGAGGACCUUCGAUCACGAGCUAGGGCUACAGAGCUGGUGGGUAUAGUUGCUAUGGUUGUUGGAAGGGCAAGGAUGGAACCAAUUUUACCGCCUUUUAUCGAAGCUGCAAUCUCUGGAUAUGGGCUGGAGUACAGUGAACUUCGCGAGUAUACUCAUGGAUUUUUCAGCAACGUAGCAGAAAUUUUGGAAGAUGGAAUGGUUCAGUAUCUACCUCAUGUUGUGCCUUUGGCGUUUGCUUCGUGUAAUCUUGAUGAUGGUUCUGCUGUUGAUAUCGACGAUUCUGAUGAUGAUAAUGAGAAUGUAAAUGGAUUUGGUGGAGUAUCAUCUGAUGAUGAAGCUCAUGAUGAACCGAGAAUGAGAAAUAUCAGUAUAAGAACAGGGGUUUUAGAUGAGAAAGCGGCUGCAACCCAAGCCCUUGGUCUAUUUGCUCUACAUACAAAGAGUGCUUAUGCCCCCUAUUUGGAAGAGUCAUUAAGGAUUAUGGUGAAGCAUUCCAGCUAUUUCCAUGAAGAUGUUCGACUUCAGGCCAUUACUGGCUUAAAAAAUAUUUUGAUAGCCGCACAUGCAGUCUUCCAAGUUCAAAAUGAUGGAGCAGCCAAGGCAAGAGAAAUCUUCGAAUCGGUGAUGAACAUUUAUAUCAAGACAAUGAACGAAGAUGAUGACAAAGAAGUGGUUGCUCAAGCUUGCAUGAGUGUAGCAGAUAUCAUCAAAGACUUUGGAUACGUCGCUAUCGAACCUUAUAUGCCUCGGCUUGUAGAGUCCACUCUGGUCUUACUUAAACAAGAAUCAGUCUGUCAACAAAUAGAAUCAGACAGUGAUAUAGAUGAUGAUGACACUGAGCAUGAUGAAGUGCUUAUGGAUGCUGUAUCAGAUCUCCUUCCUGCAUUUGCCAAAGCCAUGGGCACCCACUUUGCACCAAUCUUUGCAACUUUAUUUGACCCGUUAAUGAAAUUCGCGAAAGGUUCACGUCCAGCACAAGACCGGACGAUGGUGGUUGCAUGCCUUGCAGAAGUUGCUCAGGAUAUGGGUGCUCCAAUUGCUGCCUAUGUUGAUGCAAUUAUGCCCUUGGUACUUAAAGAAUUGGCUUCAUCAUCUGAAACUAAUAGGAGAAAUGCUGCAUUCUGUGUUGGAGAGCUGUGCAAAAAUGGUGGCACUUCCAGUCUCAAGUAUUUUGGUGAUGUGUUACGUGGUCUUUACCCGUUGUUUGGAGAAUCCGAGCCAGAUGAUGCAGUAAAGGAUAACGCUGCUGGUGCAGUUGCAAGGAUGAUUAUGGCCCACCAGGAUUCCGUCCCGUUAAACCAGGUUCUCCCUGUUUUUGUCAAGGGUCUUCCUUUAAAGGAAGAUCAUGAGGAGUCCAUGCCUGUUUAUAGCUGCAUUUGCAACCUUGUUUUAUCAUCUAACCAGCAGAUUGCUCCUUUAGUUCCGGAUUUGGUGAAUGUUUUUGCACAAGUAGCUGCAUCACCACUUGAAACACCUGAAGUGAAAGUGCAAAUAGGAAGGGCUUUUGCUCAUUUGUUAUCAAUUUAUGGUCAACAGAUGCAGCCCCUUUUGGGUAGUCUCUCACCUGCUCAUGCUAAUGCUUUGGCUGCCAUUGCACCAAAAAGUUAACUGUAAUCAACCUCAAGAACAUGUUCGGCAGCAAUUCAAAAACAGUUCUUUCCUCAAAUGUAAUCGUUAUUCUUUAUUGAGGUGUCAGAUUACCAGAAAGACUCAUUUUUCAGUCAGGUCUUUGUUUGCCUCGAUCAUGGAUCUCCAGUUUUCCCCAAUGGAGUUACAUAUAUUUGUUUCUUUUUUGAUGUGGUAUUCAUUUCGUCACCCUCUUGCUGUUUGUUUUUUUGUUAUAAUAUGAUCAUUUCGUAUAGUGAAGAUACACUCAGGUGUGUAUGAUAAGGCAAUGGGUUUUAGGGAUUUAUCUUUAUACAAAGUGUGAUUGGAAGGUUUGGUGAGAAGUUUUGUUUUAUUUUUUACUUUCUUUGGUUUGUUGUGAAGUCGAAUGAAUAACAAGUGCUUGAUUUAAUGGUUAUCUCUCUAUUUUUGUGCCAUA